CUUCCUUAUCAAUCUUUACGUGUACAAGCCAGGGACUGCACGCAAGUACCGCCCACUCGUAAGCCGCACCCACUGGGAAGAGCCUUCUCGGUUUAGUGCAUGGGAUGCCGGCUCCAUGAGCUCCGGUACCCAGCGGCGGAGGCACCAUGAGGAUAGGUUGCUGCUGCGGGGCAAUGCCCGGCCUCCUCUUAUUGCUAGUGUUGGGGACGCGAGGUGGCAGAGGGCCAACAACCUCAGACUGUGAGGAGGGCCAGUUUCAGUGCAGGAACCAGCGAUGUAUACCCAGCGUGUGGAGAUGUGAUGAAGAUGAUGACUGUGCUGAUAACAGCGAUGAAGAUGACUGCCCUAAAACAACUUGUGGGGAAGAUGAGUUCACAUGUAACAGUGGUCACUGUAUAUCUGCACGUUGGAAGUGUGAUGGGGAAGAGGAGUGCCCUGACAAAAGUGAUGAGUCUGAGGCCACUUGCAGUAGUGCAAAGCAGGUAUGUGCUGCACAGAAGUUCAGCUGUGGAGGACCAAGCAAUAAAUGUAUCCCAGUAUCCUGGAGGUGUGAUGGAGAACGAGACUGUGAGAAUGGACUAGAUGAGAAGGACUGUCCCACUAGCUGCACCCCCGGUGAAUUUCAGUGUAACAACAAAACCUGCCUUGCUAGUGUAUUUGUGUGUGAUGGUGUCAAUAACUGUGGUGAUGGCAGUGAUGAGAGGGGAUGUCUGCCCAUCACCUGCAAACCAGGAGAGUUUCGCUGUGGGAACAAUGAAUGUAUCCUUGAGAAAUGGCUGUGUGACGGGCAGCCAGACUGUGAUGAUCAGUCGGAUGAGUCUGAGGCUCACUGCGGUCUGAAAAACCAACCUCAGGCUAUCACGCAAUGUGGGGAACAUGAAUUCCGCUGCAACAAUGGCAACUGCAUCCUCUUAAACUGGAGGUGUGAUGGAGAUGAGGACUGCAAGGACAAAUCUGAUGAGAUGGAUUGCCACCUCGCAACAUGCCGUCCUGAUGAGUUCCAGUGUGGAGAUGGAUCAUGUGUCCAUGGUAUGAAGCAAUGCAAUGGAGUCCGUGAUUGUCUGGACAGCAGUGAUGAGGCAGGCUGUCAGAGCGCUCACUCUCCUUGUGAAGGGGAUGGAAGGUUCCAAUGUAAAAGUGGGGAAUGUAUCGAUAGCACCAAAGUCUGUGACGGUAACAGAGACUGCCGUGAUUGGUCUGAUGAGUCCCUGACUGCAUGUGAUAUCAAUGAAUGUAUGGUUAAUAAUGGGGGCUGCUCUCACAUCUGCCGGGACCUAAAAGUGGGCUAUGAAUGUGACUGCCCUGUGGGCUAUAAACUGAUGGACAAGAAAACCUGUGGAGACAUUGAUGAAUGUGAAAAUCCUGAUGCCUGUAGCCAGAUUUGUGUCAAUUACAAGGGCGAUUUUAAGUGUGAAUGUUAUGAAGGAUAUGAAAUGGAUAGUGUAUCUAAAACCUGCAAAGCUGUGGGUCAGAAUCCGUAUCUUAUCUUCACAAAUCGCCAUGAGCUCCGGCAGAUUGACAUUGUGCACCGAGAUUAUUCUCGCCUUGCAGCACAGCUGAAAAAUGUGGUUUCUUUAGAUGUGGAGGUUACAAGCAGAAUGAUCUACUGGUGUGAUCUUUACUACCGCAGGAUCUACAGUGCUCCCUUAGACAGAGCUGCCGACCCAUCAGAACACGUGGUAAUAAUUAACACUACUCUGCACUCCCCUGAGGGCUUAGCCAUUGACUGGAUUCAUAAAAACAUUUACUGGACCGAUUCUGGCAACAAAACUAUUUCUGUGGCAACAGCUGAUGGCUGCAAGCGAAAAACACUUUUCAGGAAUGGCCUUGGAGAACCGAGAGCUAUUGCAGUGGAUCCAGUACAGGGGUUCAUGUUCUGGUCAGAUUGGGGGGACCCAGCAAAGAUAGAAAAGGCUGGACUGAAUGGAGGGGACCGGCAGGUGCUGGUAUCUGAUAAUAUUGAGUGGCCCAAUGGAAUUACACUCGAUGUGCUUGGCUGCCGGCUGUAUUGGGUGGACUCCAAGCUUCAUACUUUGUCAAGUGUGGACUUCAAUGGCUUCAAUAGAAAGCUUCUGAUAUCCUCAGAGGACAGUCUGAGUCAUCCAUUUGGUCUUGCAGUAUUUGAGGACAAAAUUUUUUGGACUGAUUUGGAGAAUGAAGCAAUCUUCAGUGCAAACAGACUAACUGGUCAUGAGAUUUCGAUCCUUGCAGACAACCUGAAUAACCCACAUGAUAUUGUAGUAGUUCAUCAGCUCAAACAACCCAAAGCCGUAAAUGCUUGCAACCAGGGUUCUCUCCCAAAUGGCGGCUGUGAGUAUCUGUGCCUUCCGGCUCCCCAAAUCUCUGCUCACUCACCAAAAUACACAUGUGCCUGUCCAGAUGGCAUUGCACUGGGGCCAGACAUGAGAAGUUGUGAAAAAGUCACUGUUGCAACUUCAAAACCUUUAGCUGAUGUAACAAAUGCCAUCCACCACCCAGAAGCCAGUACAACAGCUGAGAUGACCACUUCUGCUCUUCCCACCUCAUCUUACACUACUACUACUACUGCUGCUACUACUGAGAUAUCUCUAAAUUAUUCCAGUCUGACCAACACUCACCAAAAUUCCUCUUUGUCCAGGGACAGAGAUGCUAGAAACAAGAACACAGGAAACAGCAGCUUGUCUCUGACCUAUGGAAACUCAGAUUCUGACCUCAGUUCCACAUUGACUGCAGCAGUGAUUGGAGUUGCUGUUCCUCUUGCUGUACUUGCCCUUCUGUGUCUUUUGGGAUAUCUUAUUUGGAGAAACUGGAAACGAAAAAACACAAAGAGUAUGAACUUUGAUAACCCUGUUUACCGUAAAACCACAGAAGACGAGGAGGAGGAGGAAGACGAGAUCCACAUUGGAAGAACAGCACAAAUUGGGCAUGUUUAUCCAGCAAGAGUUGCAUUAAGCCUGGAAGAUGAUGGUUUACCUUGAAGAUUGAGGAUGCCCCACUCCUACUCCUUUUUCAAAUUCUGCACUUAAGCAGCUGUUUCUGAUGCUAUGUAACUAAAAACACUGUAACACUAUGGUGCAAGCAGGUUGAAAGAGGUAUCACAGGUAGUUUGCUACAUAGAGCUCUUUUGGACUUUCCCAGAUCAUGUAAUAUACUCUGUGAGGAAUGUCUGUGGAUCCUGGUUACACGUAGUGCCGUGAGGCUGGUGACACGUUAUGUGCACUGCUGAAACUAAUCCUUUCUGCCUUCUAAGAACAUGACAGAUCUUUUCUUAUUUAUUCUGAUGAUGGAAAACCACAAAUAUAUAAUUUUUCAGACAUCCAAAGGAUGCGAGGGUUUCUAUGUAUAAUCUUUUAUACAGAUUUUUACUUGAUUCAGGCGGAGGUAGUCCUUGAUCUCGGUGUAUAUAAAAGCCUCCCAGGGCAACGUACCAUUUUAAGAUAUAUUUAUAGAUAAUUUUGUACAUACCUUAACGAAACUUUGUGGUUCUCCAUCAGCUAAAUAUUUGAAUCAAUAAUGAAACAUAAACUUUUGUAGUAUAUUUAUUAACCUAGAGCUGGAUGGCUUUGUGUAAGGGUGGGUGAAGGCUUAUGUUCUGUAAAUAUGGAUCAGAGUAUUUAUUUUUUCUGUAUGUUUUGAAUUUCUAUGUUUGGCUUACGACCACAGAACAGAAAAUUUGGAUUUGCUAGCCUGGCCCCUGUCAGAUGGAAAUGUCUUAUUUGUUCUAACUACCUAUUCUAUAAGUUCCUCUCCUCAUUAUUAUGACAUCAUCCUUCACAUAGAAAUAUAUUUUAGGAAUCAAGUAUAGAAAAACAGAAAACAAUUUCAGAAAUGCACAGAUCGGUACUAGAUGUGAAGUGUUUUUAUUUUGCUAGAAAGUUUAUCUGGCAUAAACUAGAUUAUGAUUUACACUAGGUUGCAAUUCAGUUUGGCCAGACCAAAUUCAGUCAGUGGGUCACGUUACACGGAUGCAAAGACUUCUAUUGAUUUCUACUAGAACAUGAUGAGUCUAUUUACCCUAUGCAAUUCACAGUCUAAUUUCAGUUCACUUGCAUAGUCAUAGUAUAAAAAUGUUUACUUUCAACUAAAUGGAACAAAAGAACUAAACUCCUACACGUUAGUGUCUAGUAUAACUGAGGCCUACAGAGAAAAUGUACCAUCUAUGAUCUCAACAAACUAUUGAAAAUGAUACAAAGGCAUAGCUUACUGUGUGCAUGGAACAUUGCUUUUUCUACAUUAGAGUGGGUACAGCUUUAUUGACUUAUUCCACUAAAGUGAGUUUUUCUCUGUAGCAAUAAAACAGUACCUUGUACUGGAUCCCAACUAAGAUAUAAUAAAUAUAAUUCAUUAUUAUAGUAAUUAUAACUUUUCUAUAAUUAAUCCUUAUAGAAAAACACUCCUAUUGGGUUUAAUAAAUGUUUAAAUGAUUUUUUAGUACACUUAUGGUAUGGAGAUUCAAAUUACUGAAAGAUCCCUUAUCCGCAAAUCCCUAGGUCCUAAACAUUCAGGAUAACAGGUCUUACACCUGUACUUAUAGCAAAUGCCCCAUAUUAUUGUUGUCUGUGGGGGGAUCCACAGACAUCUGUGAAGAUGCCAAAAAGGAAUGCUUCAUGCACCUGUAACAGAUCUUGUAUAGGAAAUAUGAUUUAAAAAAAAUCCAUAGUUUAUUUCUAUAUUGUGUUGAGGGAAAAACCCUUAAAAACUGCCUCUGAUAAUUGCUCCAAAAUAUUGAUGUAUUUGUUUUGUGCCUCAUUAGCAGAGAGAUUGUAAUUGUACAAAACCACAAUCCCUAUUUAUUCGACCUAAUACAGCUAUAUGUUACCAAUUUAAAGACCACCAUAACCAUAAUUUUUCUGCUAAACUCUGCAUUGUACAUGAGGUAUAUCUGUACCGGUAUAGUUGUAUGCUACCUCGCUGUUCAUGCUAUAAGACAAAACAAAGAAAGAUAUGCUAUGGAGUUUUCCAUUUACUGCUCUGUUCGGUUGUCCCUGCCCACCUGUGAUAUAAGACUCCCGCUCAUGUCCAUCUCCUUGUAUAAGGAUUAUAUCACUGUGGAACAACUUAUGGCAUGUAAUAAAGCCUGAGACAGUACAAGCUCUGACAAGCCAAAACUGCAAACUGAGCCAGUAAAGCUUUUAUAGACAUUAGGGUGUAAAAGCGAAUGAAAAAUAAUUAGGUAUUCACUUCUUACUGGUUUUAUUUCCCAAAUACAAAGGGAAGACAUGCUUUCAGUAUUUCACCAGGAUGUCACGUGAUUCUUUAUAGGGAAUUUUCAUGCCUAUACCGGUAACCUGGUGCAGUCUAGUUAGCACCCAAACAAAUGCAACAAAUAGCAUCACGUGUGAUGGAAACAGUAUCUUUUUAACAAAUAGUAAUUCUUUUGGUGAACACUGUAUGUUCGUUAUAAUUUAAAAUAUUAGAAACUGGAGAAUGAGAACUGUAAUGUAACAGGGAGGCAUAUAGUACCGUUGGAUUUUAAAAUGAAAAUUGCUUUAUUCUCCUUAUAUAUUUGCCCAUUCUGACCUGGUGCCGACUUAUUUCAUUCGCAAAAAAACCACCUCUUCCAGGUGGUGGUUUGAAAGUUUUUCCAAUCAUAUUUUGUAAAACCCCAAGCCCCUACUGACUGGUGAUAGAUGAAGGAGGCUGUAGAUCUAUAAUACCAUUGAACUGUUGCGUUACUGUUGAGUAAUAAAUACUCCCUUAUCAGGAUAAUAAUUUAAAGCCAUAAAGCAGCAGACACGUCACUCUCUAGACUGAAGGGUUUGUUGCUACUGUCUGGAAGGAUAUUUUUCUGGUAUAAAGUAAGCAGAAUGAAAGAGGUUGCCGUUACAGUUUACCCCUUUCAGUAUUUAUAAUUUUAUGUGUUACUUGUUUGCUUGUGUUUUCGUUUCCUUAAUAUUUUCAGAGACCUGUUGGUUGGUGAACAAGACGCUUCAUUCAAUCAAACAUCAGAAAACAACCCUUCCACGCUAGAGGGCUUCCAGUGCAAAGCUACUCAGACUUUAUAGGGGUUUUGGUACAAACAGCACAAGAUUUUUACCGUACACUGGUGUGUGUAUAUCUUAGUAGGCUUAGUUAGAAUAUGUGAAUGGUGUACACAUACAUCAAUUAUGUGUUUAACAUUCUUGUACAUGUGCAUACAUAUAUACUCUUACUAAAUACAUGUAUAUAGGUGAGUGAAUGUUGUGCAGGCUGGCCUGGCAUUGUACGAGGGCACUUUAUACUCUUCUAACCAACAUAGGUACACUCAACCAAAGGUGUUCAUAUUUUUUAAACAAUGGUUGAAAUAUUGGGUUCUGGCAUUUUUUACAAUAUCUGAUUCCUUCCUACCGUUUAUGGAUGUCUCUCUACAAGUAGAUUAGGGGCACUGAAAGAUCAUUCUCUUUUAGAAUCUCACUUGUUACAGAAAAUACAUUUAAAGGACACCAAUUUACCUUGAAGUGUCCACGCUAGAGCUAUUGGCUGAAAUAUUAGUUAAGUGUUCUAGACCUAAGUCUCUGCUCUGGCUAAAAAUCCAUAUGUUUAUACCCAUUUUGGGUAUACCAGCUGGCAAAUUAGCCUCCUUGUGUCCCUUCUUUUGCCUGGUAGAGUUUUGCAUCAUCAGAAUGCAGGUCAUGUCAGCCCACAUCUCUGGCGUGGAUGCUUUUCAGGGUUAAUAGGUGGUCUCCUUAUUUAGCAACCCUCAGUUUGUUAAUAUAACAUUUACACUGAGCUGUGGCCUGAGGUAGGGGGUGAAUGAUACCUUUUUUUGUAAAUACAUACAAUGUCUUAACCCUCAUUUUUUACUUGUAAAACAAUGAUCCAUUUCUACUUAGACAAGAAAAUAAAUUUUUUUUAUUCUGCA